UGUGCAUUUAGCAAAUCUCCGUAGUAGUUAGUUGCUUCACUAGUUUGAAGUUUCCACCUAGAUUCCUUCAUAAGCAAAAGUUUCUGUUUAAUAUAAAUAAACCCGUAAUCAGAUGCACUCGAGCAAUUUAAAUUAUAGCCAAACAUGAAGCAAAAAAUAGUGAUCAAGGUGACAAUGCGAAGUGAAAAAAUGCAAUCUAAAGCCAUGCAGAUUGUUGCGGCUGAACCAGGGGUGAUCUCGAUGACUAUAAUAAAGGAUGAUGAAAUGGUUGUAACUGGAGAAGGAAUUGAUGCUGCUUGCUUGAUUAUGUCUCUCAGGAAGAAAUUUUGCUAUGUGGAAAUUGUAAGCGUGGAAGAAGUGAAGCCUCCACCACCUCCGCCUCCACGUCCACCUCCACCUCCUCCACUGUGUCCACCACCGUGCCCACCUCCAUGUCCACCGUUCCAGCCUCUACCUUGUCCGCCGUACCCACCAUAUUACUGUCCGAGUCCAUGCCAAGCAUAUGUUGUAUGUCCAGUCAAUGAUCCAAAUCCACCUGAUUGCUCCAUCAUGUGAUGGAGCAAUUUUCAGGUAAAUGAAUUACCAGUAAUAGAUGUUUUGAAAUUAAAAUAAAUGUUCAUUUUAGGACCAAUUUAAAACAUGCUUGCAGUAAGAGUUAAUCGACCAGAUCUUUAAGAAAAUUGAGACUUGGCAGUCGUACAUGAACAAGAAGCCUAUGUUGGCAAGGGGUAGAAACAUGCCGCUAGCCUUGUCAAUACGAGUUUCCUUCUCGUAUGACCGCCAAUCUAGAUUUUCUUAGAAAUCUGGCCGAAGCUCAAUGGUGGGUCUAGGAUUUUGAGUCAGCACGGGCGGCUAUUGACCGUUGACUGUCGACCACAAUAAAAUUUUAAGAACCUAUUUGAUUUCC